CCCCCCUUCUCCCCCCCUUCUUCUCCCUUAGUGCAUGCCGGCCAUUUGCUCAUUUCCUAGUCAAAUUACACGGUGCAUUUUGUUCCCGGUUUGGCAGGUCCGCCGCACACAUUGAUUGGCCCAGAGGCAGAACCGCCCAUGUCCGUCCCUGCCCCGUGUUCUGCUCUGUACUUACCAGUUCUGCUACCAGCGCUAGAAAGCGCCUUCCACUGAAUCUUCGAGCCUGUGCCAAGCCAUCGUCAACCGCCUUUGUCCUCCCCCCUUGUAGACCCAGUCUCUCGCCCAAGUGUUUAAGGGCCAGCAAUGCCUCCAACCCCCUGCGACAUCUCUUCUCCUGUGUUUCGAUGAUUUGUCUUGGGUUUAUUUCUCAUUAACUCAAUCGUCCCUCGUUGGUUCACUCACACUCUUUGACUCAGAUUCUUUCUUUUUGCCAGUCGGCAUUUCUAGUCGCUCUCUUUUGAUCCUCUUCCACUAGGAAUUUAGUAAACGUUAUUUUUCUCCCAUUUUCUAGACCAACGCGUGGUUAAACCCGCCAAGUCUCGUUAUAAUGCUCGUCCGAGCCGCCCUCGCCGCCCUGGGCGCCGCCACCUCUGUGGCCGCUGUCACACCUCUCGAAGUCCAUGGGUCACAGUUUGUCAACCCGAAGACGGGCGACGCCUUCCAGGUUGUCGGUGUCGCAUAUCAAAUCGGUGGCAGCGCUGGUUACGAUCCCAAAGAUGGCAAAGAUCCCCUAUCUGACGGUGACGUCUGCCGUCGCGACGCCGCACUGAUGCAGAUGAUGGGUAUCAACACAAUCCGAGUGUACAACCUGAGUCCCAACAUCAACCAUGACGAAUGUGCAAGCAUUUUCAACGCUGCUGGCAUGUACAUGAUUAUUGAUGUCAACUCUCCUCUGGUCGGCGAAUCUAUCAACAGCUUAGAGCCUUGGACCUCAUACUACGAGGCCUAUGUUAACCGAACAUUUGCCAUUGUGGAGAAUUUCAAGGCGUAUCCUAAUCUGCUUGGUUUCUUCUCUGGAAAUGAAGUUAUUGAUGCCGUCAAGACUGGCGCUCACGCGCCCCCUUAUAUCCGUGCUAUUACUCGUGACUUGAAGAACUACAUCAAGAAUCACGCUGAUCGUGAAAUCCCUGUUGGGUACUCCGCUGCCGACGUUCGCGACGUUUUGGAGGACAGCUGGAAUUACUUCCAAUGCUCUAUCGAGGGCGAAGCUGGUGACAUGUCCCGCGCCGAUAUGUUCGCUCUCAACAGUUACUCUUGGUGCGGUGAAAGCAACUUCCACGACUCAACCUACGAUCAGCUUAUUGAGCUCUUUAAGACGAGUUCCGUUCCUGUCUUCUUCUCCGAGUUCGGCUGCAAUACACCGUCGCCUCGUAUCUUCACUGAGAUCGCCGCUAUAUACGGCUCCAACAUGACUGAAGUCUUCUCUGGUGGCGUUGUCUACGAAUAUGCACAGGAAGAAAACAACUACGGACUUGCCCAGGUCAACAGUGAUGGCAGCGUCGAUUUACUUUCUGACUUCCGCACCCUGCAGAACCAAUACUCUAAGCUCAACUUUGAUUCUGUUCAGAACGUCAAGGCCACUGGCAAGUCCAUCACACCCCCUACAUGCAGAGAGAGCUUGAUCAAGGAAGAUGGAUUCAACAACAACUUCACCUUGCCCGUUCCGCCACCCGGUGUCCAGAAAUUGAUCGAUAACGGCAUUGACAAGAAGCUCAACGGAAAGAUCAUUGACAUUAGCGACUGGGCUGUCAGUCAAACAGUCAAUGACGUGGAUGGCAACAAAUUGCCGAAACUCGCUGUCAAGCCUCUAGCCGACGGAGAGAUUAACACUCCCAGCUCGACUGAGACCGGUAGUGGCAGCAGCCCUGACACUAGUGACAAUGCCAGCCCUCGAUUGGCUGCUCUCAACUCGGUCUCUGCAGUGUUGUUUGCUAUUCCAGCCAUUGUCGCCACUUCGUUCGCGAUUGGUGUCACCUUAGUAUAACCAAAUACGGCAUCCCAAUGGAGCUUAAAUGCUUUCUCGAUAAAAUAGAAAGAGAGCAAGGUGUUAAAUGCAGCGAUUACCCUUUGAUUUUGUCAAAUUACGGACUAUAAAUGUCCCUUCAUUGCUAUGAGACAGGCGUCUUGCAUAUAGUGCAUGGAUUUCGCUCGGUUGAUUGAUUGUACAUAAGCUGGAGAGCUGUAGGAGGUUUUUCUUUAAAGUGCUCCUUUUGAGCUCAUUCGUCUUUGAUUGCAUUAGCGUUGUGUCUGUUCGAUUAUAUUUUUGAUACCAUAUUAUGACAAUGAAAGCCGCUUCGUAUCGCCCACGAUUCUCUGUCUGCCUUGUAGUACGAAUUGGUAAAUACCUAUUCAAUCCUCGCUGAGAUAGUUUGUCUUGGAUGUUGCCGGCUCAAUCAGAUCCUACGAGCCUACCACGAUUGGCUGAGGUUGAUAGGGGUGCCUGUUCAUGUAUGUAGGUAUGCACGUGGUCACUUUCGAGUUCAACCUUCACUUACCUGCCUGUCCAUAUUAUUUCUUGCCUGAACACUCGAUAGGGGC